GUUUGAUUCGCCAGAGUCCUAGUUUUGUAGGGGAUACACGAGGCAUUUUCAAAAAAAAAGUAAUCCAUUGAAUUGAGGAAUUGAAACAUCGUUCGAGUUGGUUUCUCCACUUUCCGGCGAGGUACGGAAUACGUUUCCAGCGCGGCGGUACGAAGUACUAUCUAUACAUGGAUAGCAAUGCAUGAGCGCAGGCAGUACCAACGCACUUCGUACGAAGUACUUCAAAUGUGCCGGCCAGGGGGGCAGGUUCACAGCACGGUCAGAGGCUGUAGAAAACGACAGAUUCAACAUGGCUCCGUCCCGGCGUAAAACCUCGGAAUCCUUUUGUUAUCCCGACGUACCGCCGCGGCACGCUGUCCAUAACGCCGCGGAAAAUCCGGCUCCGCUUUUCUGCCACGAACCUGCAGUUGGGAUCCUAUAUGCUACUCUACUCAGUGCCUAGGUAGAGCAAGCAAAUGAUGCCUCGGAAUUGCUGCUUGGAGUAGUUUGGAUUGAUCAUUGGUUGGCUUUCUCCCCCUGAUUGUUCAGAUCAGACCAAUCCCAACUUCAAUCACUUGUAGGGUUAAAUUCUGGUGCUUGCAAUUAUCGACAAGAUAAAGGGUGGGUGGACAUCACUAGGACAUGGACACGAGGCCUGGAUACGCACUCAGCCCCCUUCAAGCCCACCCAAUGGAACUGGCAACCACAUCCAUCACAUACUAGGUGGAUAGGCAGGUAAGGUACUUCGUAGUUGAUUGCUCCAUAGUAUCAAUGCAGUCUGCAAGGCUCAGAAACAGAAAUUCGC